CGCAGUGCUGGUGUGUGUACGUGUGUAGUGUGAUGUCCUGUUCAUUUUACUCUUUAUGCACUCCCUCCAAGUUCUUCCAAUUUUUAUCUUAUUGCAAUGGGAUUGCGUCAUGUAAUUACUUGCAUUGUGUUUUCGUUGCUCGGAGGUGUGAUUGGGCAGGGAGAUGAAGAAACUUAUCUCGGCAAGUUUCUUGGUGAAUUCAACAGCUACCAUCAUCAGGUCGGUGGCGAGGUGUACGCCGUGAACCAGCACUCGUUCCACAUCCGCAAGUUCAUGUACGACGGCAACGGGAAAGACACCUUCUUCUGGGCGGGAAGUCGGCCGCGUCCUGGGCCUCAGGGCUUCAUCGUGCCUAACGAGAUCGGGAGGACGAACGUGUUGCGUCAAUACCACAACGAAGACAUCACCAUCACCCUGCCUGACGCUAAGACCAUCCGCGACAUCCGUUGGCUCUCCGUAUACGACCUCACCAGACAUGAACCUUUUGGGGAUCUUUACAUCCCCGAAGGGUUCGAACCUCCCCAACGGCUGAGGCUAAACCGUCUGACGGGCAAGACUGGACACGUCAACUCCGAGCCUGUUGUUAUCCUCGACUCGAAAACCAUCAAAAUUGACAAUUUUGAAUACGACGGCAGCGGGGAAGAAGCGUACUUCUGGGUCGGCGUUGGGCCACAGCCACACUCCAAAGGCAAUAAAAUUCCAGAUGAACUCGGCUACUUGACGCCCCUGGGCCGGUAUCACCGGGCCAACAUCGUGCUGACGUUGCCAGGAGACCUGUCCGUGCAGACCGUCAACUGGCUCGCCGUCUACGACGUCAAGAGGAACGACGUCCUCGGCUCUGUCAUCCUGCACGACGACCUCAACGUCCCGCCCUCCCUCGUCCAUAUCACCCCUCACACGAGCGCGAUGCCGCAGUGCGAGCAGCUGCACCGCGACCUGCAGAUCUCCUGGUCGGUCUUCGGCGACCAGGUCACCGUCGAGGUCGCCGCACGUAUGGAGCUGGAGGAAUACGUGGCGUUCGGCAUGAGCGGCAACCCUGACCGCCCCGAGAUGGUGGGCGGAGACGCGGUACUGCUGCACAGAGACGACUUCCUGGGCUACGCCAACGACAUCAACAUCACAUCUUACUUCCCUUGCACGGAGUUGCUGAACCAGAAGAAGGGCGUGUGUCUGGACGACGAGGUGGGCGGUAUACAGGACUACCAGCUCAUGACGAGCUCCCGUGACGAUGGCGUCUCUGUCUUUACUUAUCGACGUCGUCUCCAGACUGCGGACGAUGGGGACAUCCCGUACGAAGCCAAGGGCCCCAACAUGAUCAUCUGGGCCAUAGGGCGCCUGGAUGCGGCCCGCCGCCCCACGAUGCACAGGGCCUGGUCCAAGGUGGCGCAACCGCUAGACCUCGGCCGCGUGCCAUCACGCAAUUGCUUCUCCUUCACGCACGACCUCAACAAGAAAAUCACUGCAUGGGAGGCCGUGAAGCUCACCGACGCCAGCACCGUGGAGUUCACGGCGCGGCUUGGCCCCGACGGCGGCCCUCGCGGCUACGCGGCCAUCACGGGACAACCUGCACUGACGGGCAAGGGUUGGUACAUCAACGGGUUCCUGGCCCCUGAGUUGUACCUGAGGCGCAAUACUGAGUACACCUUCAAGGUGGAAGGUGGCGCCUCCCCCCACGACCCUGCCACCUACCACCCCCUCAUCAUCACUGACGAGCCACACGGAGGAUUCUCACAGCUAAGCGAGGCACAGAAGUCUCAGGUGCGCGUGUUGGCGGGUGUGGACUACACACAACGUGGCGACAUUCGCCCCAUGCGAGGAGGUCGCCUGUGUGAAUGGAAGCAUCCCAGCAACCUGGACCGCAGGCGAGAUGCUGAUGUUCCGACGUUCCCAGAGUACAGGAACGAGCUCAACCUUCAGUGUGAAAGUGAGGGUGGACCACGCGAUCUGAAGAUAAUGCCGAACAAAUCGUGGCCAGCAACGGUCUACUACAAUAGCUGGACGGGCAAGAAUAUGGGCUGGAAGAUCCACAUCCUAAACGAGCAGUCGGAUAUUGUUGCGUUACCGCUGCGUUCUGGCGCUGCUACGACUUACGCAUCGGCCGUAUUGCUCGUUAUCUCCGGGGCUCUCGCGUUAAUAUAGCACGCGUACGAUAAGUACGCGAAAUAGCUUUAUGCAUAAAUUAACAUUCCGUUAAUAUUUUUAUAAUUGCUCGCCCUUAAUGUUAAAUUAAUAAAUCUCAAUAUCACGUAAAUGAACUUUAUUCCUAAGUAUAAAUUAAAUCAAACUCAUAAUCAAUCAGCUUCGUGGGACUUGAGGAUCGUGGUUCGCGCACAGGAUUGCGUGAUUGCGUAGACUCAAAAUUCGGUGAAAUCGCUAUUGACAAAUUUUUGAAUAUCUUCUAGGUUCAUACUGCUACUCAUCUCGGCACAUUUCUGAAAAAGAGACAAUUACAUUAUGCGUCGCUUAACUACAUCUUUGAGCUUUAUAGUGAUGCUUCUGGAAAUAUGUUUGAAGAUUUCAAAAUUGAACCCUAAAUUCAAUAUAAUAUUGACAUGACAUGUAUAAUUAGUAACUGACUUUUUUAAACUCUUCAAGUAUUUUGGCGCUCUGUUGGGGGCUGACAUGUUUAUUGAGAAUCUUGGAGAGAGAUGUGAACAGCUCGUCUGAUGAGGCGUCGCUCACGGUCCUUCCAUUGGUCUGCAAGGAACAAGCUUAGCUCAAGUAAUGGCCAUCUCGACUUGUAUUGCCUUCACUGUUAAAAAUCCCGAAUUACUAACUUAUUAAAUAAUGGUACACUUCAUUACCUGCUAUUUUCUUAUGGACUAUGUUCUCAAGUCAAUGAUUAUUACUGAUUAAAUUGAUUAUUAUUAUUGACCAUCAUUACUGUUAGGAAGUGAUAAGCCUUACAUAACAUAAAAAUCUAUCUACGUAAACCUGACGUUUCAUGGAAUGGAUGAUUACAUAGUUAGUGUUGAUAGAAUUUUGUUUAAUGUCAUAUUUACAUUUAAUAGUGAGAAUUCAACCAUUUUAUAAAAUUAUACAGCUCCAUGGUAACACGAGGAAACGUUCA